UGAGAAGCCGCGCGUAAGACCACCUCUCCGGUCCAGUCCUAGGAGGGAGGUAUUUUACACACUGUUUAUUUACUAGUUUUCGUCGUUUUUCAACGUUCAAACAUGCGUUCGUAAGUAUGUCGGCACCUCGGUCCAAAGGUGCCUCAGACGAACCGGGUCUCAGUGACGCCUCAGCGUCGCGUUACGUGAUACAGCGCGAGCGAACCUAUCGCAAAGUUUCCCUGUUGUACAGUAGAUGAGAGCGUGUGUGGACUUUACAAGUCGCUUGUAGACUUCUGUCAGAGCAACGACAGUUCGGUCUGUCAGGUCGUUUCAGUGUCUUUGUCUUCUUUAAAACUCUAAUUCAUCGUCGUCUUACUGUUUAUGUAAUUCGGGAAGCGACGGACUUUUCGCGGUGUCUGUUGUUGACACGUUCCGUGGAUUUACCUUGUGUCCAAAGAAACGGAAGAGAGGGAAAGCAGAUGUUGAGGUGAAUCCCGAACUGCUCUGAAUCCAGCUCUCGUCCUCAUCUCUCUCUCUUUACAUGUGCCUGAGACAGUGCAGAUAUCACAUUGGGUCGCUGUGCUGACGGACUCUGUGACAUAAGUAACUCCUGCCUUGGUUAUUUCCAUCAUCUCUGAUGGAUCUCCGGCUCGCCUCACUAACGCUCGGGACACUACUGAUUCUUGUGACCUCUGGACCGCGACCAUCCAUUGGACAGACGGUUUACACGAACUCAUGGGCCGUCCACAUCACAGGGGGAGAGCAGGAAGCUGACCGGAUUGCAGAGAAACAUGGCUUUGUGAACCAGGGCAAAGUAUUUGGAGAUUAUUAUCACUUCCGGCACCAUGCGGUGGAGAAGAGGUCGUUGUCAGAACACAAAGUAACACACGAACGUCUCCAAACAGAACCCCAGGUAAUGUGGGCAGAACAGCAGGUGGUGAAACGAAGGAAGAAGAGAGAUAUUUACUCUGAUCCAAUCGAUCCGAAGUUUGCACAGCAGUGGUAUCUGUACAACGGAGAACAUCGGGACCUCAACGUGAAAGAAGCCUGGAAGCAGGGCUACACCGGACAAGGUGUCGUUGUGUCCAUUCUGGAUGAUGGGAUUGAAAAAAACCAUCCAGACCUGAUUCAGAACUAUGAUCCUGAUGCUAGCUAUGACGUUAACGACGGCGACCCAGACCCUCAGCCUCGAUACACCCAACUCAACGAUAACCGACACGGGACACGUUGUGCUGGCGAGGUCGCUGCUGUCGCCAACAAUGACAUCUGCGGCGUCGGGGUGGCAUACAAUGCCAAGAUCGGAGGUGUGCGGAUGUUGGAUGGUGAGGUCACAGAUGUGGUGGAAGCUCAGUCCCUCAGUCUCAACCCACAGCACAUCGAUGUCUACAGCGCCAGCUGGGGACCAGAAGAUGACGGCAAAACGGUGGAUGGACCCGCAAAAAUGGCCAAGGAGGCUUUCCUGCGUGGUGUGACAGAGGGUCGUGGUGGACGGGGCUCCAUCUUCGUGUGGGCCUCGGGGAACGGCGGACGGGAGAAGGACAGCUGUAAUUGCGACGGCUACACCAACAGCAUCUACACGUUGUCGAUCAGCAGCAGCACGCAAAACGGCAACGUGCCGUGGUACAGCGAGGCCUGUUCAUCUACGCUCGCCACAACCUACAGCAGUGGAGGCCUCACUGAGAAACAGAUUAUCACUACAGACCUCAGGCAGAAGUGCACAGACUCCCACACAGGCACCUCCGCCUCGGCCCCUCUGGCCGCUGGAAUCAUCGCCCUCGCACUGGAGGCCAAUAAGAACUUAACCUGGAGAGACAUGCAGCAUCUGGUCGUGAGGACGUCCAACCCUUCCCACCUCUCCACCAAUGACUGGAAGACAAAUGGAGUGGGCCGUCGAGUGAGCCAUUCUUACGGAUACGGGCUGUUGGACGCUGGGGCCAUAGUAGCUCUUGCGAAGAACUGGACGAAUGUCGGACCUCAGCAGAAGUGUGUCCUCUCUAUUUUAUCUGAGCCCAAGAAUAUUGAGAGUCAUUUGGUGAUCACCAAAAACGUGGAUGCUUGCGGUGGGACUCCGAACUUCGUGAGCUCAUUGGAGCACGCCCAAGCUCAACUCACCUUGUCCUACAACCGCAGAGGAAAUCUGGCCAUCCACCUGAUCAGUCCACAGGGGACACGUUCCACAUUGCUUGCACCCAGACCUCACGAUUACUCCUCGGAGGGCUUUAAUGACUGGGCUUUUAUGACCACCCACUCCUGGGAUGAGGACCCUCGUGGAGAAUGGAGCCUGGAGAUCGAGAACACGGCUGGAACCAGCGACUACGGCACCCUAACCCAGUUCACGCUGGUUCUGUAUGGCACUGCGCCCAGUUUACCCAUCUCUUCAUCUCCUGACUCGGGUGUGAUGGUUGACAGCAGCUGCAAAACCUACGACCUCAAUCAAGUCUGCACAGAGUGCAACCCAGGCUUCUACUUGUACCAGAAAGGCUGCGUGAGAGACUGUCCAGCCGGUUACACACCGGGCACCCGUCCCGUUGUACUCCCCAACAACGAGGUGUUACCGGUCGUCCACCCCGCCUGCGUGCCCUGUCACCCCGUCUGCCUCACCUGCAGCGCCACGGGACCUCAGGACUGCAUCUCCUGCCCCCCUCACAGCCACCUGGACCCCGUCACCAGCAGCUGUUUACACCAGAACCAGAUCCUUCGAGAGACUCAGGACAGCCGAUCGCACGGCAACGGCUUGUCCGGGAACCUCCACCCGGUCUUCACCUCUAACCUGCCCGUCGCCAUGGCGGUGAUCAGCUGUGCCUUCAUCGUGGCUACGUUUUGUGGCGUGUUCGGCUUGCUGCAGCUUCGCUCCCGCGGCUUCGCACCGAUCCUCACGGGAUUGGACGCCUUCUCGCAUGUGGACUUCGGCUUGAACCGAACUGCCGUCGCCUAUAAGGGCAUUCCCAGCGUUUGGAUGGACGAUGGCAUUACCGAGUCUGAUAAUGAAGAGUUUGAUAUCCACAAUGAGAGGACUGGCUUCAUCAAAACACAAAGUGCUCUUUAACCCCGUCUUGACCACGUCCUUUGCCUCUACUGCACUGUUGUCUCUUUUUGUAGCCACCGGUGUGUUUCUUUACUGGGGUUCGUCUGACUGAUCUCACUUCCUGUUUCAUUCUCAAGGGUUUUUUGUGAUCUUUUUCCACCUCUCCUAAUUACGAGCCAUGGUUGACAUUAAUUCACGCUCUUGACCAGUGAGAAGCUUCCGAUCACGAGCGACGAGGACGGCGUGAUGUCGACCGGGCUCAAGUCUUAAAACUACAAUAAACGUGAUUGUUGUUUGGCCUCUUUCAUAUUAUAUAAAAUGCCUAGUGAGAUUUAAAAACAAGAUAGUAAAAUGUUUGCAUACAAUAAACAAUUUUUAAUCGAUACAGUGCAACUAUGUUUAUAUACAGUCAGACUUUACGCUGGGUCUGACUCGCUGGGAGCCUUUUAGAAGAACAUAUCAAUGGUCAGGAUCUGAGGUGGAGGUCGUGUUGUGUGCUUUCUGCUUCCCAUAGCAUCUACAUGGCUAAAUUUACUUUGUUUUUGGAUGGCCCAUUCACCAGAAAUACCAAUUCGUGUCGUUGCAAAUAUAUUUGCAAAAUGUCUUUUUUCCAUUUAAUGAGCGAAUGGAGUCUAAAACGGUCAAGAUCCUAAAAAUACAGAAAAAGCAUCUAACUUUUCGAGUUUUGUAAAAUCAAUUUAUUGAUUGUGUAAAAAAACAUGUGUGAAAACUAAAAGUGCACAAUACUACAUUCAAGAUGUUUUUUUCUUUUUGGAGAAGCUUUGGUCACUAUUUGUGUUCAUAGUAUGGAAAAGACAAUCAUGAUCAUUCUUUAAAGCGAUGGUUCACCCAAAAAUGUUGAUACAAGCUGUUUGUAUUGGCCCCAUUCACUUCCUAAGUAGUUAAAAGAAUACUAUGGGAGUGAAUGGGGCUCAUGAACUGUUUGAUUAUGAACAUACAGGUUUGUAACAACAUGGGAGUGAGUAAAUGCUUACAGAAUUCUCAUUUUUGGGUGAACUAUCCUUUUAAAAGUUCUUUUUAAGGCAUUUGUGAGGUUUCGUUUAGGUCCAAGCUAGUUUAGCAGGAUAGUUUGAAAAAAAAAAAACACCAGAAUAAAUCCCUCCCAAUGACACAUCAAAUGCUUCCUUUAUAAUGCCUGUAGUGGUUGUUAUUAUUUUACCGAACUUAAUAAGGUUCUUCGAGGUGUCCUUUGCAUAAUCUGGGUGAUGUUUUUUAUUGAAAAGUAAUCAAAGAAAGGGCUCAAGUGGGUUUUAUAGAGGCUUGACUCUUUAUUUCUUAUGAAGUCCAUUCAUCAUGUUUGUUUGAUAGUGUAUCAGACACUUUUGAAUAUAGAGUCACACAUUCAUGAUCCGCAAGUGCUACAUCUUUUAAGAAAUCAUGUUAAUGAUGUGAUGCAUUAAACGUGUGUCACAUUUGCGCUUGCAGUCGGUUGUGUUCGUUUUGCUGAUAAAUGAUGUCAGGGUUUUAUCACUAUCAUGCAGAGUCUGCUGGUUUAGCAUUAAACUACACAUUAUGGUCUUAUAGCUGUGCAAAACAAAAAAUUGUAUAAAGAUAAUAUAAUAUGGCCAGUUAUAAAACACUCACACCAGACUGUAGUUCAGGCUCAUAAUGCGUACCAUUCAAAUUUACCGUUUUAAAAAUGUAAACUAAUAUCUCCUCCACCUUUGAUUUUCAUAGGUGUUGAAUAUCUUUAUAAUGAUGGUGUUGUGGAUCUGGUCCCGACCUGUUCUUGAAUCGGCUUUUACCACAAAAACAUGAAAUUCCUCCCAUUCGAAACAAAACAGCAAUUUUAGCUGAACGAUUAUUUCUUUAUCAUCUGCAUUUCUUUGCACUCUUGUUUAGUUAAAUAGUAAAGCCUAUGCGACCCGUUUUCAAAAGCCUCACUACAUGUGUUUGUCAAGGUAUGACCAAAGACUAGAGGAUGAAAAACUGUUUUUUCUAGAGUUAUAAUAACAUCAUAAAAACAUUCAAUGUCAUGGGGGUUUGUUUGUUUGGGGUUUUUCAUUUGUUUGACACGUAUAUAAUAUUUUACAUGAGCCAAACACAGUCUGGCGUCACCUUUAUGUUGUAAUCAUGACGAUGCUUAAAUGUCUCUGUGUUCAGUCUCACAAAGUUUCGUUCACACUAAACCUUCUGGAGUCAUAGGAUUGUAAUUUUACCUUCAGUUUAUUUUUUACACCUUUGUAAGAGUCAACGGAUGCAUGUAGAGCCCCAAAUACAGUAAGACACCAAUCAUUUGUAUGACUACCUUAGAUGAUGGGACAGCUAUAUAAGAUUAAGGCCUAUUUUUGUACUAUAUAUAUGGUGCAUUGUCAUUUACAUGUAAUUUAAAGAUUAUUUUGCUCUUUCUUCUUUUUAUUUAAUUGAUGUCAAUAUGCGAAUUAUAGAUUAUACAAAAAAUAAAAGAUCUAUGCAAACUUAA